AUGUCCAAGGCUGCGUUUUUAAGAGAAUAUAAACUCGUAGUCGUAGGUGGGGGUGGUGUCGGUAAAUCUGCUCUUACAAUCCAAUUCAUUCAAUCGCAUUUUGUUGACGAAUAUGAUCCUACCAUUGAAGGUAUUGUUUCUGAUAUGAUGAACGACAAAGAAGUAGAAGUAGGGAUGCCAUCAAUAUAG